AGUAAGUUCGAUGAGUAGUAAAUGCGAUGUUUAUCGCAUUUCAACUCGUAAACUUUAAUAUAAUAUGAACGUGUGAUAAAAUUACGAUAAACUGCAAGAAUGUAUUGUGCAUUAAGAAGAUGUUUUUGCAGGAAAGAUGCAGUAAGAGCUUUGAGUAUGGGUGAAAUAUCUACUGCACUUCGACCUUUUUAUUUUACCGUGCACCCCGAUCUUUUUGGACAAUACCCUACUCAAAGAACAGUAAAUGAAAAUUCACUGAAACAAUUAAGUUCCAUUAUAGAAAAUUUACAGCAACAAAGACCAGUGAGGCCUACCACUUUACCAUUCUAUUUACGCUCAAAAGAUGAAAAAGAACUCAAGGCUGGAAAAUUUACAUUAGUACAAAUACAGUUGAAAGAAAAGGAUAUAAAACAAACUAUACUCUCUAUUCUGAAGACAUGUGACUUACCAACAACAUUUGUGGAUCAAAUUGAAGAACAAAAACCACCAGAGAGUAUAAGGUUUAAAUCAAAAUAUUGGCAAAGGAGAGGACCUGGAGAAGAUAUAGAUUUUUCAGAAUUAGAAGAUGAUCCUAUUUAUGCAUCUAUUUUAAUGAAAAGAAAGAUUAAUAUAGAACCAGACACUCUUAAGGCAUAUUUAGACAAACAUAUUACUGAAGUACAUGUGAAAUUAGAAGCCUGUAGACCAAUGCGAGAGGAAGUACAAAAAUUAGAAAAAAUACUAUGUUCUGAACUAGGUUUAAAAAAUAUUGUAUGGGAUUGUGGAUGGAAUAUAGCUCAUUACAGAGGAUGUUUAUUAGCCUUUAAAGCAUUGGCUGAACAUCAUCCUACAUCAAUGGAAGUGUUAAAAAAUAGAACACUUGUCUUUGCUAAUGAUACAGGCAUUAGUGUAGAAGGGAAUGUUAUGUUAAAUUCAGGUGAAGUUAGGCACAAUUGGCUUGAUUUAAUAAAAAAUAUUCAGAAAUAUGAUGUGGUAUUGUUAAGAUUACCAGCUUUUGAGAAGGCAGUUUCACAAGUUCUUCUUGACAUUAAAGUUGGUCGACGGGUACUCUAUAUGUGCAGGAAAUUCAUGCCGAAAGUAAUGGUUAGCCAGUAUGAACGUCAGCUUCGACAACUUACCACAACCCUCUCAGAUUAUCGAGGACGACGAAAUUAUCCGAAAGUAUGGCCGGUCGAUUUGUCUUCUUAUGAAAUAGUAAUCGAAGCUGAAGCAGGUCCCUUAAUGCUCUCUCCUACUGGACAAUUUAUAGUUCCAUCUUCAUGUCCAAGUUUUCUUCUAGUGAACUUUAUUACUGAAAACUUAGAAGAAGCCACUAAGAGAUUACAUCAUUAUAACAACAUAAAAUAUGUAGAACGCGAACUUCAUGAUAAAGUUGUACAGGAAUUGGGUUUGAUUGUUCUAAAUAAGGAUGACAGUAUCACUCCAGAUUUAAUGAUACAAUGCUGUGAACGCUUAUUACUUCAUAAAAACGUUUUAUCUCCUUUAUUAAAUGAAGUUAUGCUUUGGGUGACACAUUAUUACUCUGUUAUGAGUGAUGGUGUAUUAUGUAUACCAUGGGAUUGGAAACUUUAA